UGGGUUGAUUAAUGACUUUCCCAGUCUUCUUCUUUCCAUUCCUUGCUUUCUCCUCUCUCUCUCCAUCUAUCCAUCUCCCAUCAAAUCUUUGCUUGUUGUUUCCUUUUAAGACUGUGCUGGCCCAGUAAGCAAUUCUUUAAAGUGCCGUUGAGAUCAGUCAGGGCCACCGCCACCGCUUACUCCGGCGUCCGCCAUGGCUGCUCUCUUUCUUCUACUCUUGCCGGCGCUAUUUGUCUCUUCUUUCUGCCACGCUUCUUCUUCCAUUUUCCUGGAAUCAGUUGGACCUAAACCUAGGCACUCGAGUCUUUUCAAGAGCGCUCUACAACGUCAAACUAGCCUGGAAGAAAAAUCUCAGCUAUGGAUGCCAUUGGCCAACCAAGGAUGGAAACCCAAUAGUGACUCAAGCCGUGUCUCUGCAUUAGCUGGAAAGUCUGAGGGGUACCUUCAAGUGUUCCUUGAUGGAGGAUUGAACCAACAGAGAAUGGGGAUAUGUGAUGCAGUUGCUGUUGCAAAAAUUCUUAAUGCUACUCUCGUGAUUCCUCAUUUGGAGGUGAAUCCAGUUUGGCAAGAUUCAAGCACGUUCAUGGAAAUCUUUGAUGUGGAUCACUUCAUCAAUGUAUUGAAAGAUGAUGUCUCUAUAGUAAAGGAGUUGCCUGAUGAGUACUCAUGGAGCACAAGGGAGUAUUAUUCCUCUGCUAUUAGACCUACCAGAAUCAAGACAGCCCCAGUUCAUGCUUCUGCAAACUGGUAUUCAGACAAUGUGUUGCCGGUUCUUCAGAGUUAUGGAAUCGCAGCCAUUUCACCAUUUGCUCAUCGCCUGGCAUUUGAUAACAUGCCAAAGGACAUCCAGCAUCUACGUUGUAAAGUCAACUUUCAAGCACUAGUUUUUGUACCACAUAUCAGAUCCCUCGGGGAUGCCCUUGUUCAUCGCCUCAGAUUUCCUGAAGAAGAGGUUAACAGUAGUGACAAUGACAGCAAACAAGGGGCUGGCGAGAAGUUUGUAGCCGUUCACCUUCGCUUUGAUAAGGAUAUGGCUGCUCAUUCCGCUUGUGAUUUUGGUGGGGGUAAGGCUGAGAAACUAGCCCUAGCAAAGUACCGGCAGAUAUAUUGGCAGGGAAGAGUCCUAAAUUCCCAAUUCACUGAUGAGGAGUUGAGGAGUCAGGGUCGGUGCCCACUCACCCCAGAAGAAGUUGGGUUAUUGCUUGCAGCCUUAGGGUUUGACAAUCGCACUCGCUUAUAUCUUGCUUCCCACAAGGUCUAUGGUGGGGAAGCCCGAAUUUCCGCCUUAAGAAGUUUGUUUCCGUUAAUGGAGGACAAGAAGAGCCUUGCCUCUUCAGUUGAAAGAAGUCAGAUUAAAGGAAAGGCCUCCUUACUAGCCGCGGUCGAUUACUACGUCGGCAUGCAUAGUGAUGUUUUUAUUUCUGCAUCACCUGGAAAUAUGCAUAAUGCAAUGGUGGGACAUCGGACAUACCAUAAUAUGAAGACAAUAAGACCAAACAUGCAACUGUUAGGCCAACUCUUCCUGAACAAGAAUAUGACCUGGCCGGAGUUCCGUGAGGCAGUGGUUGAAGGUCAUGCAAACCGACAAGGUGAGAUACGGUUUCGUAAACCGAAUAAAUCUGUUUAUGCAUACCCUGCCCCGGAUUGCAUGUGCAGUGCUUGAUCCAAGCUGGUUUUACACACUGAUGAUGCCUCCUUCCGUGUGGUUUAUUUAUGAUGGGAUGUUAUAGAUAGAUAUGUAUUUACUGAUCGGAACCAUUUGUCCAUUGUCUCAACCGCAAUAAAAAGCCCACCCCCUCUCCCUUCAGCUAUAUAGGAAUACUCAUACUAUAUAUCACAAUAUACUAUUUGUUCUUGAGGGGUGGAAGAUGUGUACCACGCUUGCUAUACACUAUUGAUUUCUUGUGAUCACUUCGAUACAUAAUUAUUUCAUUAUUUAACAAUAGUGCCUUGUGGAUUUAUUUAGUACAAUCUCAUUAAUAAUAAACCCCCUGCCUUGACAAAGCA